AUGAGAGGUCUGCCCUUGUCACCUUCAGGGCAGGCCUCUCAGACACUGCAAACCGUCUUUCAUCAUGGAAGGGCGGUGACUGCUGCCAAUGGAAGGGCGUCCACUGCAGCAACAUUACCGGCCGUGUCAUCAGGCUCGAUCUCCAUGGACCAGAUUGCCACAACAGCAUUGUGCAGGUGCUUGGAGAAAUUGACGUCUUUGGCAUUCUUACGUCUGCGAUCAAAUAUGUUUUAUGGCCACAUUCCAGUGGAGCUUAUGAAGAUCAGUAAUCUUCAGUAUUUGGACCUUGCCUACAACAAUAUAACUGGGAUCAUACCAACACCCAUUGUUAACUUCAAAGGGAUGAUACUAAUGGGAGAUAACGAUGCUGGAUAUGAAGAAGCAUUUGGCCAUGGUUUGGCAAUCGGUGAUAAUGAAUUGGUGGACUACAGUGAGAAUUUCACAGUACUCACAAAGGGUCAAGAGAGAUUAUAUACAGGAGAAAUCAUAUUUAUGGUGAAUCUUGAUUUAUCCUCAAAUAAUCUUGUUGGAGAUAUUCCUGAAGAAAUUGGCAGUCUUGUCGCAUUGAAGAGCCUGAACUUAUCAUGGAAUGCGUUCAGUGGAAAAAUUCCUGAGAAGAUUGGUGCCUUGGUGCAAGUGGAGUCACUCGAUCUAUCACACAAUAAGUUGUCUGGUAGAAUCCCUACAAGCUUAUCGGCCCUCACAUCAUUGAGUCGCCUGAACAUGUCUUACAACAAUCUGACAGGAGAGGUGCCCUCCGGAAAUCAGUUACAAACACUCGAGGAUCCGGCAUACAUAUAUGUCGGCAACCCAGGCCUUUGCGGCCCUCUUCUCCUGCAGAAAUGUCCAGGACAAGUCGAGGACCCAACAUAUAUUCCAGCCACUCAAGGAGACAAUGAAGGUGUAACCGACGUGACUUCAUUUCUCCUCGCCAUGGGUUCUGGACUAGUGGCAGGUCUCUGGGUAGUCUUCUGCAUCUUUUUGUUCAAGAAGAAAUGGAGAGUUUCUUGGCUCUCGCUCUGUGACAGCAUGUAUGAUCGGAUUUCUGUGCUAGUCGCUGUGACCUGGGCUUCCUUGACAAGAAAAUCUGGGUAAUGCUUAGAUUAUUAGCACCGGUCAUGUGUUUGUUACUAUGUAAACUGUGCGGGCUUUACCAUGUAUCAAUAUUGUACAAGUAUUGUAUAAGUACUGCCAAAGAUGUGUUUGAGUAGUAUGCUGUCGACUGAGGUUGGCACAAUAUUUGGUUGUAUAACUUCACAGGUGAUGAAUGAUACCAGGGACUGCAAUUAGCGCCCUGUUCCUAUUGUGCAAUUGCCUGAACUGCUGUUGUGUAAUAUUCUUUAUUUCGUCUUCUUUGGAGAAAUGAUGUUGAAUGUUGGUGUGCAGUUUUAGAAUGAAGGGAUCUAGUUGUGGGAUGAAGUAAGAAUUAUGAUCCGAUGAAAUAAUCAAAAGGAUCAGCCUGGAGAACAGUAUUUCUAGCUGAUUUCUCGAGGCAAGUCUACAAGGAGUGGUUCACAAAAUCUAGCACCAAUAACUAUCAUGUCGGGGUUGCUAUUUCUGCUUUUAAUAGCUCACGUCGGUGGUUGUCCCCGUUGGAAAAACCACACCCAACUUCACUUUUUGCCUGCGAUGAAUCUUGCCUAUGUCGCUAUUCAACAUCUGCAAGGAAGACAUAUAAUUCUGAAGAAACCCAAUCUAGUGUAAUGCCUCACUUUGCCAAGAACAACAUCAUUUCGGUGAUGUCAAGUAUGCCACCACAUGAACAUCAAUUUUGUGUGCAUGUCUUCAUUCAUCUUGUCAAGCACAAUAAGAACAUAGUCUUUCCUGAAGUAAUUUAACUCGUUAUCCCAUGGGAUGCCCAAAACAUCUUGCAAGCCCAUAUCGCAAAUCCCCAACAAACGUACACCACAUUACCGCAUGAAAGACGUGUUUUAGUUCGCUACCGCAAACAUUGCAAAUUGGUGAUAGAGUUGGUAUCCACUUGCAUCGAUUAGUGUGUAUCAGAAGGGAUACAUAGGCUAGCUCCACGCAAAAACAUGAACCUUCAGGGGCACUAGGGCCUUCCAAAUUUUUUUGGUUGUGUUGGAGUUUGCUUGUACUUAGUGUAGCAUCGAGCGCCAAAAGGUAGGUGCUCCGGACAAAAAACAUGUCGUUCUUAGGAUAGUAGGUAGUGAAGUCAUCAUCUUCAUAAUUUGGGCAACCUGAUUCUUGACUUUGAAUGAUUACUCGCAAUAUUAUGGUUUCCUCUCGAGAUCCAA